CUCUCUCUCUCUCUCUCUCUCUCUCGCGAAACUUUGUCCUUGUCCACAGAUCAGACCGCAGCUCCUUUCUUUUCUUUCUUGUCGGUCCCGGGUUUUCCCUUCCUGGUCCCUACUUAUCUAGUUGCCCGCACUGUGCUCGGCGCUCCGUGCACAGUCGUCGUCACUGCUAUAUAUCGCGAAGGAGAAACAUCUGUCCGCUCGAGAAGACAAAUGAUCAACAAGGACUACGAGUUCUCCCGGGGCGUGGUGGAAAUGGGGUGGAUCAUGCUCAGCGUCGACUACUCGAGGCUCUUCUGGUUGCUGUUCGGCGUCUUCUCCUAUGAGAAUCACGAGGGAAAACCUCGGAUCUUCUUCUAGCGACCGCUUCCCUCUCUUUCCUUUCCGUCAUUAAAAGUUUGUCUGUCCGGAGUAGUAAAGUAGUCGUAAUUCUCGAUCUCCAGCUUUAGUGAAUAAGGUUAAGUAUUUAAGUGUGGAAAACUAGAGGCCUCUCGAAGGGAAAUCUCGAAAGGCUUCGUUUUGGAAUCGCCGUCAGCCAUGCAGAGGAUCACGAGGACCGCCGGAGAGUUUUUGGAUGGCGCGAACGCAAGGGUCGAAUACGCCGAGACCGACCCGGCGGGCCGAUACGGACGCUUUAAGGAGGUCUUGGGCAAAGGAGCGGUGAAGACGGUGUACAGAGCAUUCGACGAAGUGCUUGGGAUGGAGGUGGCUUGGAGCCAAGUGAAGCUCCACGAUGUUUUCCGCUCGCCGGAUGAGCUGCAGAGACUCUACUCGGAGGUUCACCUCCUGAAGAAUCUCGAUCACGAGUCCAUCAUCAAGUUCUACACUUCGUGGGUCGAUCCCAACCGGAGAACCUUCAACUUCAUCACUGAGCUCUUCACCUCCGGCACCCUCCGAGAGUAUAGGAGAAAGUAUCAAAGAGUGCACAUGGGAGCAAUUAAGAACUGGGCUCGCCAAAUACUGAAGGGCCUCGCUUACCUCCAUAGCCAUGAUCCUCCAGUCAUACAUAGAGACCUCAAGUGCGACAACCUCUUCGUCAAUGGCCAUCUCGGCCAGGUCAAGAUCGGUGAUCUCGGUCUGGCCGCUAUUCUUCGUGGAUCGCAACUUGCCCACAGCGUCAUAGGCACACCGGAAUUCAUGGCACCAGAACUGUACGAGGAAGAGUACGAUGAGCUAGUUGACAUAUAUUCCUUUGGCAUGUGCUUGCUUGAGAUGCUCACUUCCGAGUACCCAUACGGCGAGUGUUCGAACCCAGCUCAAAUAUACAAGAAAGUCACUUCGGGAAAGUUACCGGAGGCCUUUUAUCGGAUUCAAGAUGACGAAGCACGAGAAUUUGUGGGGAAAUGUCUGAAGAAGGCGUGCGAUAGAUUGCCCGCUCAAGAGCUCUUAUUGGAUCCCUUUCUUGCCUCCGAUGAUGGAGGACCGCUCCUGCUCACGCCGAAAGCUUCAAGUGGAAGUUCAACUCCUAAAAAGACGACGACGGCGAUGAAUUUAAUGGUGCCGUCGAUUAUUGUGCCCGAUCUUUUGAGGAAUACCAACAUGACUAUCACGGGGUCUAUGAAUUCAGAAGAUGACACCAUCUAUCUCAAAGUGCAAAUUACUGAAAAAGAUGGAAAUGCGAGAAACAUAUACUUUCCCUUCGAUAUCGUGAAUGACACCGCGCUAGAUGUCGCUUUGGAGAUGGUGAGGGAACUAGAAAUUUCCAAUCGGGAGCCAAUGGAGAUCGCCAAGAUGAUCGAGGAGGAGAUAUCUUCUCUCGUUCCGACGUGGAAAAAAUCCUGCCUCCCAUUAAAGAAUCACCACGAUAGCUUUAGUUACCAAGAUGAUGACGAUGACGAGGAAACACGCCCUCCGUUUCACACCUUCUCCUCUUGUUCUUCCUCCCAUGCAUCUCUCCCAAAUUUCAACUCACCGUUCUCUGAUGCAAAUCUCAAGGACGUCUGCAACAACAUGAUGAAUAUUAGCCUGGAUUGGCUGCAAGAUCAUGAUGUCUUUGCGCAUGAUGAGGCAACUUCUCCAAGCUCAGUGACCUCUCUGAAGUACUCGAAUUUCAGCUACUGCUCAAGCAACGAAGACGAUUAUGAUACAAGUCCCCGUGGGGACCCUCUUUGCUUCGCGAAAACCCACCAAUCCACAAGAUUCUGUCCCGAAGAGUGCAAGAGAGUGAAUGAUAACUACCAACGGAACAAUGCGCAGUUUGACGCUCAGAGAGGUCAACAUUUCGCGAAUCACAAGCAGAAGAUAGCACGGAUCCAGUCGCUCGUGGACUUCCGGAGCCAGCUGUUGCACCGUUCUCUCGUGGAGGAGAUCAACAAGAGGCGCAUGUUCAAGACCGUCGGAGCAGUUGAAAACAUCGGAUUUCAAGAACCUUGUGACUUCGCUGGGACUUCUUGCAGAGAUAGCGAGAAGCAACGAUUUGGAUGGUGAAGUUACUACUUCAAUUACGCCCUCAAACGCCAUAUAUUGUAUUGGUGGCGGUUUUCCUACACAUAAUGGUGUAACGUGUGUGAUUAGUAAUGCAUUGUACGAACAUAUAAGUACUGAGUUUAUAAUGGUGCUUAUUCUGUGUGUUUGAA